GUAACCUCGUAAUUUCAGAGUUCCCAGUUGUUUUGAAACUUGGCAAUAGACAUGUGUUAUUAUGUAUUUCUCCACGUACAUCUGAGGUAAAGUAAUGACUGGCUACAACUGGAGCAAGGCGCGAGAGUAAACCAGUUCCUCUGGACUGUCGAUAUGGCUCUGUCCCGUCCCGAACUUGACUCCCAUUCCUGCCCGAAUCCCGUGGGACCCCUGUUACCGUGUCAACCUUUAGUACACAAACCUCACUUCGAUUGUAUCCAAAUAAGGAUAGAUUUCUGGUCCAUCUGUCAAAUGUACCCUCUAACGUGAAGAUGUCACGUGAACUCAUUGAUCUUCCUUGCGCAUGCAGCUACACGCAGGCACCCCGCUAAAUUGAGGCGCCAAUUACGACAAGUGUUUUUGGCUGUGCAGUGGCUGAUUUGACAACAGUACAAGUGGAAACGUUCUAGAAGAGUUGCUGAUCCUGGUAUCUGUUUAGCCCCAGCUGGUUGACCACUAUCAGGGGCAAUGGAGAGGCCUAACCAGCCUCUGAAGACAAUAUUUAAUAGGCUAAGUAGUGCAAAACCAAGAGGAGAUAAGAGUUUUGGGCACUUGAGACCACUCUCUGUUUAUUCUAGAAUGAUAACUUGUGAAAACGGUAGGGUUAGUCCUAGCGGCACUAACCAGUCAUGGAAUUCGUCCAAUCCAUUCUGCAACUUGAAAAUAGAGAUUGUGAACAACAAUGCCCCUACAAGACACAAGAGGCGAUUGGAUGACUCCUGCCUUGAUGACACAUAUGAAACUACAUACAAAAAGCCCUGCAGUAGUCCUAAGGCAAUCUCCCCAGACCUGGCUUGUGUUGUAGUUUCAUCUAACACCCUUCCAAAUGUAGCCACUGUCUCCCCUACCACUGACCUCCAAAAAGUGCCAUCUAGUGUUGAAAAUACAGUCAAAGAUGAAGGUACAUCAGAAGCUGUGAUAUGUGUGCCAAACUCUGAUCAUAUCCAGUGUGGCCAAGCAGUAGAGGCUGGAAGUAGACACGGUGGUGCUGCAGCUCCAGGCGGCCCAGUAUCAAACGAGUCUGAGGCCUGGUCUGAGACCAUAGGCCAUGAGCCUGAGAAAGUCUUGAUGGACCUUGGUCCUGUUUUUAACUUUGACGUUGAUGACAUCAUGUGCCUGAGCCCCAGUGACAAGGGGAGCGAUGAGGGCAUUGAAGCCUUUGUCGAUAGCUGUAACAGUUUUUACGACGACCGCACCCGUAACCCCAGUGACAGCGACACCCAGCAAACUAAACCUUUCUUAACUCAUAGUCCAACACAGGACCAGGUUUCAGGGGAGAGAUAUGACGUCGGAGAGAGGGAGGAGGGGAAAGGAGAGGAGAUGGUGGGAGAAAGGGAAAAAGAGGGCAAUGAGGAGAUAAAACAUCAGGAGGAAGAGGAGGUUGUGAGCAUUGAGGGUUUUUUCUCCAGGUCCUACCUUGAGGCACUUAAAGCAGGAAAGGACGUGUCUCAGGCUGUGACACCCCUGCAGCCCCGCAUCUCGUCCAGCCUUUUGUUUAGGGGGAGGGAGGUGAUGCAGAGGCUGCAGAUGGCUGUGUCAGAUGAGGGAGAGCCUCCAUGUCCUCCAGGGUUCCCUGAUCCCAAUGGGGGCCAGGCUGUUGUUUGCCAGCUGCACUACUCUUUCACUUCGGAGGAUCUAGCUUAUGGGUUAUAUGGGGCACCUCUGGUCCCAGUGGAGGGUGCAGAUGAGGGCUUGGAGGGUACGGCAGAGGGCGAUUGGAGUAUCGGCGCCCCCAUACUGGAGUCCUCAUUGUGUCACAUUGCCCCAGUGGAGUUCAAUGCUGGUUGUGAGGGAAAUGUGGUGGAGGGGGGGGGAGGUGGGCUUGAUUCAGUUCAGGAGUGCCAGGUCACACUCCUGGCCGACGAGGUAACCGUGGACACCAGCUACGAGAACACCUUACCUCUCCAAGUCCAGGUGAGGUCAGUGGUGGUGGUUCCCAGCGUGCAGCAGAGCAGCAGCAGAAAACCCGCAAUGCCGCCUGAGCAGAAAGUGUCUGAGAUCAGAUCUGUGCAGAAACCUUUUCCGGAGAAGAAUGUUGUCAAGACAACAACAAGACCUGUCCAGAAACCUUCACCUGGACAGAACAUUAUCAAGAACACAAUUGUCCAUAAACCUUCGCCUGGGCAGAAAGUGAAGAAGAUUAAACCUGUCCAGGCAGCUUCAACUUCAUCUGACCAGAAAGUGGUCAAUACAAGACCUGUCCAGAAAACUGCACCAAGGCCGGUGGUCUAUGACAGGGAGGAGGACUGGCAGCGUGAGAAGUGGCUCUAUGUGGACUCAGUCACCAGACACAUAAGGGAGAACAUUGGUGCAGGAGAAGGGGUGAUGACUGAGCUGCUGAACCUGAUGAACCAUGUGGCCGAACAGGGACCAGGCACCAACGGCAGGCAGUGGCAGCACCCCUCGGAUCUCACCCGCAGAAAUUACCAAAGACGAUUUGGAAAUGACAGAACAAAUUACACUCUGGACGAAUGGCAGAACCAGAACUACAGGAACCACCAGCGCUUUGCCAAUCUCCCACAGAUCUUUGAGAGAAGUCCAGUUCUGUAAACCCAAGCAACAAAGCAUCUUCCAGAGGAACAUAUAGGGCAGUACACUUUUAAAUUUGGCAAAUGACAUCACUCAGGUCAUUAGGUGUCUGUGAGAUUUGAGCUCUUAUAUUAUAAGCCUAGAACCACGGUUAAAACUUGAAUUAAUCCUCUACUUCUGCUCUCAUCUUUUAAGAAUGUCUUUCACUUAUUGUUUUUUGUUUGUGAAAUUAAUUAAUUUAUCCUCGCUCAAGAUUGUGUGUUUAUUGUUAGUGUCUUGAAGCCCAGAGAUUUUUUUUUCUUUUCAUUUUUUUCAAUUUGAUCUCUGAGACAGUAAUAUUGUGGAUUUGCGUGUGAUUAAUCUCUUUUCUUGUUAUACUUUAAUUUCAAUUAUGUUCCUUUCAGCUUACCUUCCAGUAUAAUCAUAACAUUGAUGACAGAAAAGGGAACAAAAAUAACGUAACAGCCAAUCGUUUUGCCUGCCUGUCUCUGAUCACCAUUUCCUAAUUGAAUUGCUCUAUUGCUGCACUUAUUCCCUUUUUGUACUGUCACUCCUAGUUUGUGCUAGGCACCUUGUUUGCACAGGCUUCUUUUUUAUGUGUGUGUGUUUUAAAUAACUGUUUUUUGAAUGCUGUGCACAUUUCCCUGCCUAAACUCUUAUUUGUACAGUUGAAUUUCUUCCCCCAUACAUGUUGCAUUCUUGCUGUUGAAGUACAAACAAAUAAUCCUUGGUUCAGUUGGAACAAUUUGAAGGGAUAAUCAAAUCAUUACUGAUCUACACCAUUUCCAAGGUGUGGUGCCAUAGGUAUUGUUCCAGAUGCCCUUCACUUACUGCCUCUGAUGGCCUGUCAUUUGUUUGUUAGCAUAUGCCUGAGUAUUUGAGGUCAUGUUAUGGUUGCUUGACGUUUUUGUUCCAUCUUAGAUUUCUUGUCUAACAAACUGAAGUAAGGGAGUUAGUUUGUCAGAUGGAUUAGGUCAACUCUUAAAAUUCUCUACUUUAUCAUCUAUAUUCUGUGCAGCGAAGCAAUAUGGAUUGGCCUUGUAUUGAUGCUUGUGUUGAAGAGACAUCUGUAAACAUAAUCUAGUGUGGGAAUUUGGUGAGAAACCCGAUUUGUAGGGAUCUGUUGUGUGUGUGGCCUAUUUUCUUUGACAUUGUGAAUCUUGGCACAUUUCUUGCACAGGUUUCUGAUUUCACAUUAAAAGCAGUUGCCUGAAACCCUGUUGAGUGAACUUUUACAAGGAUGAAUGUCAAGCCCAGUCAGAAUACCAUAUGAGUGCACUCGAUGACUGAGGAGAUAUUGCAUGUGGCUCACUGAUGCUAAUAAAAUAGAGGUUUCAUUUAUAAGAAAAAAUAAAUGGAGCACUUAGGCAGUUUACAAUAAAGACGACGGAAUUGCAGGGCAGCCUACCUAUGACCAUUUCAAUAUGAACUACCCCAUCUAAGCUUGCUUAAAGUAAAUUAUUAUCUUUUAGAUUGUCAUAAUCAUAUAAUACGCUAAUUCAACCUCUGAUUUAAGCUUAUUGC